CCUACCGUCGGCGAUGGUGUGACGGCAGAUGAACGGGUUGGAGAAGUUGCAGGUGCAGCGGCGGUGCCAGUGGAACCACGUGGGCUGCGCGUCGCCCGUCUUAGCCAAGAGCAAGAAGUAGCAGAUGCGCAGCGUCUAGUGCUGCAUCCAGUGCCACCUAUUCAAGAUGCACAAGGUGCAGAGGUACAGGGUGCGGAUGGAAUACACACUUCUGCUGCCACUUCUAAUUCUCAAGUUCCGGCGCUACACGUUGAGCAAGAAUCACAAACAGAGGCCGUCACGGCCGGAGCAGCCCAGCGGGACGAGUCCGAGUCGCAGGAGGCAGGCGAGCCGCGGCCCAUAGCCAUACCAGAGGCGGAGCAUGGAAGCGAGGAUGCAGUCGUGGGACAUGGAAGUAGCAGGGGUCCUUCUCGCGAUUCGGAUUCAUCCUCCGGUCCACCGUCUGAGCGGCAGCAACAGCAAGCCCGCCCUGGACUUUUCCUCCAUCUCGUUUCCUCGCCAGGAGCUGAGCCGGCGGCAGUUGCGCCUACACAAGCAGGACAGGCCAGUGCAGCAGAGCAGCCAAGUCCUGGUCAACAGGUAGCUUCUCCCGAUCUUGCGCAGCAACGUGGGGUUGAGCAAGACUCUGAGUCUGCACCUGAAGAACACCGUAAUGCUUAUGUUGAGCCAGCCCCGGACCCGGUAGUCGACGCCGCAGCAGGUGAGCCCGUAGUUCCUGGCCGUGACGACGAGCAGCAGUCUGGCACUCCAUCGCACGACAGAACAAGUAGUGACCGUGGAGAACCGGCACAAGAAGAAGCUCAAGCCAAUGGCGCACGUUCCGAGACCGCCGGGGCGGAGGCGGCCUCGCCUCUAUCGCCAGUAGUCACAGAGCAGGCGCGUACCGGGGCACAGGUGCAGCAGGAAGGACCAAAUGACAUUGAAGAAGAAGAGCAACAAGAACGUCGACGACAACUACGAGAAAUGCAGGCGCUCGCACAGGAAGACGCAGACGUAGAGCAGCACCGCGGCGCGAGCGGUUCUUCAGCUUCCGGCCCUGAUGAAUUGGUAACAAAUCAGAACCGACGAAGCGAAGAACGAGAAGCAGGAGGCGGGAGCGACGUAACUGACACAGAGGGCGACGGGCGUCCGAUAGAACUCCCUCCAUCCGCUGGCGCGGGUGAUCAAGUAGCUUCGCCGGAAAACCGAGAGCAAGGGCACGUGACCGACGUUGUAUCCCCCCCCGGAAGUGGAGACCAUUUGUCGCCGCCACCCCAUGCUCCAUCUGGCGCUGAUCACACCGUGGAAGCAGCCCCACAACAGGACGAGCCCAACGCGGACCACGACCCCGGUCCUCAACAUCUUCCUGUGCCUGAUGUUGAUCAUGAUGCAGUAUCUCAGACUCCACAAGGAGAAGAAUUGAAUCCCGAAGCAGCUUCGACUUCCGAAGUUCGACCUGACGAGGGAGAACGUGGAGAACAACGACGUGAAUUACAGGACGAAGGCCCGUUGCAAGAGGACGUCGAAAGUUCUCAAUAUACCAGCGAUAUUCCUUCUAAUAGCGGAGAACAUCCAGCACCGCACGCGGAAGACACAGCGGCCCCUGACAAUGACCAAACACAAACGGACGGCGCACCCUCCGAGAGCUCGGGGCGGGAGGGCACGGGUGAUGCGGCGGAACGUCGACCACAAGGAAAUGACAA